AUGAAUUUAAAAACUAGUAGAGAUUGUUGUGUUUAAACUGAAUUGGAUUUAAUGGAAAUAGAAUUGUUUGAGAACAUUUAUUCAAAAAUGAUUUCCUCGAAAUUAUUAUCUGGAAGUAUAAUCUCAAAAAAUUAAUAUUAAAAAAUUGAUCAGAGGAAUAAUUUAUAUUCUUUUUAAUUAAGAAAGGUUGAUACUAUAGAAUAAAAUUUGAAUAAAUAAAGAGAAAAGAAAUAGAUUUAUAAAAAUAAUAAAUAAAUUUAUAAUGAGUAUGAUUCAAAAUUUAUUAGAAAAAAGCAGCUCAUACCUAAAUCAUUCCAUAUUGAAACACUUAAUAAUAUUGCAACACCUUAAUAAAUCAUUUUACCAUAAAAAUAGUUAUUCACUCUUCAUGGAUUAAAGAGGUCGUUGAAUUAUCAAACAAUUAGUAAUAGAUUAAACCAUGUCCUGAUGAUAAUAGGAUCUUAUACAAAAAUUUAAUACCAGAGAAAAUUAAACAUUUUGAUGGAAUUAAAACUUUAAAGUGA